CCGGCGGCAGUGUACAUUGUAGCACCGCAUACGUGCCAGACUAUUCCACUUCUGCAUGCACUGCUUGCCAAGCGCCUGUCGAGUUCGGCCGCGGCCGUGGACUUGCUCAAGAAGGUGCAGUUGUUGCAGUUCUUCGAUAUGGCGGGAUUAGUGGAGAGCAUUGCAGAAGUCAACGAAAGCAUUUAUCAACUCUCUCAGGUGGACUUCCGAAGGGAUCAAAUGCCACCGAAUAGUCUCAAAGUUCACCACGAGCCCCAAUAUGUGGUGCUGAUAGAAGGUCUUGCAUCAACGCUUUCGGCCACACAGCGACGAAGUGGGCUUGUGCAGGCAAAUGCUCUUCUUGCCGGCCUGACUCGCAGCAUCACGCAGCUCUCAAAGCUGCCUGGACGGCCAUUGGUACUGAUAAGCGUUCCAAUAGAUGUCCGAAACGGGCGUGAAACUGGUCAAACCGGGGAAACAUACCACCAAAGAAAAGGGCAAGGCUUGCAACUCGAGUCGGCAUUUUCCGGGCCCAAUUGGGAAAGUUACACACUAGCCUGUGGAAGCAUGAUUCUUUCCCAAACCCUCGCAGGAUCACUUGACCAAUUGAUCCAUAUUCACGAUGCGUUAAGAAGGGCCACGUCCCGGCGUCCAGACACGAGACUCCCUAUACAGUGUGUGAUCGAGGUCAUGAAGGAUAGGGUUGGCAAUCUGACUGGUGUGUGGGCUCCCUGGCAG